AGCAAGUGAAGACACCGAAUCAUUGACACUAGAAGAUGUUUCUCUUCAUUUGUUUGUUCAUUCUUCUCUGCUGCGACCUGAAUUUAGGCCAGUUUGAGACUGACUCACAAAGUGAACCUGUCUGCCCCGAUUCCUGCGUUCUCCAGAAAGAGUUAGAUGCCAUGAAAGAAAAACUGGGAGCCAUGGAAAAUAUGCUGAGAGACAGUCAAAGCCAGAUCACGGAGCUGAAAAAUCAAGCCAGUGUGAAGGUGAUAUUCAGUGCAGCAGCAGGGGGAACUGGAACCAUUGGACCCUUCAACACAGACACAACUUUAAUCUACAAAACAGUUAUUACAAACAUUGGCAACGCUUACAGUCAAGCCACAGGUGUCUUCACUGCACCUGUAGCAGGUGUUUAUUACUUCAGCAUCUUCUACCAUGCUGGAGGAGAACAUGAGGGAAAGCUGCUGUUGUACAAGAACAAUGACCUGAUGGUGAUGACCCAUGAUCACAAAUCAGACUCUGACACAGCUGAUAACGGGGGAAACACAGUGUUUCUGCAGCUGCAGCGAGGAGACCAGGUGUAUGUUCGGUUGCCUGCAAACACACAUGUCUGGGGAUAUGACCACCAUACAACCUUCAGUGGGUUUUUGGUCACACAAAUGUAAAAAAAAAAAAAAAAUCAUGAACUUUGAAAUGAUUGAUCCCUUUGUUUGGAGAAAGAAUCAGUAACCACAGAGACAUGUUCAACUGUUAGAAGUUAACACCAGAUUCAAUAUAAAGGUGCUGUUCUCACUAUUGUUCAGAAAUAAAUGAUGUGUCAAAAGCUUAACAA